GCCCUGCCUCCACUGAGCACAGAGUGCAGACCACAAAGCACAAAGCACAAAGCACAGAGCACAGAGCACAGAGCACAGAGCAAUAGCUCUCCACAUGGUGGCAUGUGGACCAGUCAUCAACUGCGCGAAUGGGAUGCCUGUCGCUUAUGUCCUGCACCUCUACCCUCAGCUCCAGGCCCUGCCUCCACUGAGCACAGAGUGCAGACCACAAAGCACAGAGCACAGAGCACAGAGCACAGAGCACAGAUUCUUGAAGAGUCUGGAUGGCUUGCUGGCGUCGGUGCGCUCGGGGAUCUUCUCACUGGAGAAAGUGCGCAGAGUGUUCAUGUUGCUGGGCUCUCACACCAGGCCGAAAGAGGUCUAUGUCUUGCGUCUUCCUUGCAUGCUCGAAGAUCAAGUAAGGAAUGCUGGCAGUGUUCCGUCAGCAGCGCCAUCUGAGGCGGCAGCAGUGAUAAUCAAGGAUGAUGGUGUAGAGAUACCAGCUGUACCUCCCGUGUCCCCUGACGUGGAUCACCCACAGACUUGGCUCUCAGAUAAGAGUUGCAAGAAGCGGGAGAAGCGAUGCAAAAUAUACACAAGAAAGAUCAUUCGGGCAUUACUCGCAGAGGGAUGUACUUCCACUAGAAACUACGCUCUGGGCUUGCCAGGCCAACUGGCCAAUGAGUCGCUUGCCGACUACAAAAAGUGGUUCCAGGCUCAGAUCGCUCUCAUUGAGGCUGAGGAACAGCGCCAGCGGGCAGCCGGGGCUGCCCGCCUACAAGCUGAAGCAGCGGCAACAGAGGAGAAGCAGCGGCUACAGGCCGAAGCAGACGCUGAGACCCAGGCACGCCGCAAGGAGGCCCAGGUUCUGCUGCAGCGGCAUGAAGCGGCCAGCAUCGACAGACUCAAAUUCUGGCACUUUGAACCGAACGGCGACGACGCAACACCGGAAGAGCAGCAUAAGGAGUUCCUCUCCAAACUCGUGACACGGUUGCUGUACACGUGCAACUACCAACAGUCCGAGUUAGAGAAACAGAACCAGGAACUGCAGCAACAGUACCAGGAUCUGAACACACAACACCAGGAGUUGGCGAACCUCCGCCGGAUGGUGCAGAGCCACGAGGAUGCUACACGGGCACUCAAUUCCCGUGUACUGGACCUGGAACAGGAUGUACCAGGACCAAAUGCUGGGGCUUCCAGCAGUGCACCCUCUAGCCGCCAACUGGAGGAACGCGUUGACCACGUAGUGGCAAUGCUGGGCGACAUCAGCACCUUCGCGGCGCCAACCACCAUCAGCAGCCAGCUGGACACGUUGAAGACUGAGAUUCAGCAACUGCAGUCGACGAACACGGAUGGCAACAAUCCAAAGCAAUACAAGAUGCCAACCUUUCAACUGGAGAAGUUCGAUGACUACACGCAUCACGACCCGGCAACUGCGGAUUCUGCCUGUCGCCAAGCACGCGUACAUCAGCGCCCUGUUCAUGAACUCAAAGGGCGGAUGCCAGAUCAGGUUAACUCACCUGGCAGCCACCCACGGCGUCGACGUCGCAGAUUUGAAGGACGAGAUCACAUGGGAAGAGUUGACACGACUGUGGAAGAAGCGGUUCAUCUGCCCGAUCUGGACUUACCAUUCACACAUCUACGUCGUGAGUUCUACAACAGGUCAUGUGCUGCACUGAGCCAGGCACUUGAUGAUCGCGAGCAAUACACCACCUUCGUUGAGAUCAUUGAUAAGGCAAGGGAGAUCAUCAAGACCAACAGGUCGGCUGCAGACGAGGAGUCAACAUGGCAGCCAACCUAUGUGGAGAAGGUGAGAACUGGUCCGCGACAGCAGCAGUUUGCUGCAGUCCAAUCGGACCACACUGUGGAAGACCCGGCAGCCACCCAAGCGUCACGUGAGGGAGAUCAGGUGGCUGCUGUCCAGCCGCGAAGCAACAACAAACCCCGAGUGAACGGGAAGGCGAAAUCAGCAUCGCCGGCCGGAAAUGGACAGCUAGCACCACCAUGGGUCAAGUUCGGCUUGACCGAGGCCGAGUACAAGUACCGCGGCCACGGGCAGACGGAGCGGGCACAUCAAACCGCUCAAAUGAUGCUUCGUACGCUCAUCCGUCCGGACCAGAAAGAUUGGGUUGAUCGCCUCCCCGACAUCGAGUUCGCCUACAACACUUCGGUGCAUCCGGCGAUCGCCGUGACUCCAUUCGAGUUGCACCAUGGCGGACGGAAAGGCCGUAUCUUCGCCGACCUUCUCCUCCCUCGACCAACCGACAUUGACGCUGCUUGCUCUCCCGCUUCCGUCCAGAAGUACAGGGAAUUACUGACUCAAGCCCGCGCGAACAUGCAAAAGGCUGAAGUCCGCAUGCAACAGCAAGCCAACACGCGUCGCGUACCAUGUCCCAUCCGUGCCGGUGAUCUGGUUUGGGUCUCCGCGGAAGAGUUUGCACUGGAACAGGAUGUUUCACGCAAACUGCUUCCCAAGUGGUUUGGACCAUGGUCUGUGACAUCAGCCGCGGGCGAUGAGCCCGAUGGCCCUUCAUUUGUGAUCAACAUUCCCGAGCAUCUGACGGUCCAUCCAGUCUUUCACGCAUCGAAGCAGGCAACAUAUACAUCAGCUAAGAGCGACGACUUCCCGGGCCGACGAUCGCAGGACCCUCCAUCUAUGGAUGGUCAUCAGGAGGUUGACCGCGUCAUCUCGGAUCGCAAGUACGGCAGCAAGUCGCGACAGUACAAAGUUACAUUCAGAGCAUGCGAUCCCGACGACACUCGGUGGAUUUCAGGAGCAGAUUUGAAAGCAUCCGCACCGCUGAUCUACGCUCAGUACGAGCGUCAAAGGUUAGCCAAGGGACCUCCACGACCUGCCCCUCCCACCCGGACUGAGGUCCCUCCCUCAGACAAACAACUUCGCCCUCGCAGCUCCUCGAAGUACGAGCAGAUCUCGGCCAAUGCCGUUCGCCUCAAGCACCAGGGAGACCUGAGAGAAGCAUCGCCGGAUGGGUUUGUUGCAAGUCGAGAGAACCCCCUGAAGAUGGCAAAGGCUCAUCCAGUGGAGCUCAUCCUUGAAAGCAGUUGUGCUACAAGAUUGAAGGAAUCGGGAAAACAACACACGCCUAUGGAAUGCAGUUACAGCGUUCCAGACACCGGUAUUAAGAAAGACGAAACAAUUUGGUACAGAUGCAGAGCUACCGUGAAAGGACUGCGGAAUUCGGUGGAAUCAUAACCCUUGGAUUGCCGAAGGGACAUUUAUUGCAUUUAUUGCAUCGCAGGGAGGAUCUUUGACCUAUGUUCCUUAUGGAUAAAGGAUUAGAUUCAUUAGAAUGGAUUACACCAUUUUCUGAGUGAGUGCCUAUUGCUCAUGCGUGUGCCUCCUACGGUCCUCAAGAAAAUAGGUCCCAUCGCAACCAACCGUGAAACCGAAACCGAAAUAGUUUUGUAUCUUCUGUCCCCUGGUUUAUCAACAUUGUUGUACUGUAAUUGUAGCACGAUUUAUUAUUUAUGCUCUUUUUGGCUUGAUCUGCAGGCUUUUCGCG